AGAAGAGAUCUUUCUUUCAAAACAAAAUCGUCAAAAGUAAACACGAGCUCGUGCUUGUGGAAUCAUAUUUUUGGCUAAAACCAAGUAAUUUCAAGAUAAAUUAGUGUCUCCAAAUAUUCAACCGAUAGUUCAACACUAAAAUCACAUUUGCAAAAUGGGCAAAAAAAAGUUUAUCGACAAAAAGAAGGCGGUCACCUUCCGUUUGGUAAACCGCAGUCAGCAGGACCCGCUGUACGUUGAUGAAACGGCCCCCCAGCAUGUAUUGGUUCCGGUUUCAGCACCCGGCAGGGGUGACCCUCGAAUGUUCGGAAAUGUUUUCCGUGCCUCCACCUCCGGUGGCCAGAUGGAUGUAGAAAAGCGCAAAAAAGAACAGGCCAAAUUCGGUGUCUAUUUCGACGACGACUACGAUUAUCUGCAGCACCUGCGGGAACCCGGUCGCAAUGAGGUAUACUGGGAACCGGUAGAACCAAACAAGACGGCCGGGGCCGAGAAAGUGAGCAUUAAGUUGCCCAGCUCUGUAUUUGCUUCUGAGGUGGAAGAGACGGAAGGUCUCAUGAAGAAGAAAGCACAGCAGCGUCCGGGCCCGCGGCCUGAUUGGGACCCAGAUGUGGUAGCCGCCUUGGAUGAGGACUUUAACUUCGAUGAUCCUAGUAACGAGUUGGAGGAUAAUUUCAUGGAACUGGCCAUGGGUGGAGAGGGUGCCGAUUCCUUCGAUGAAGAAGACGAAGAUGGCGAAUACAGCGAUGUAGACUCGAAUGACGCUGCAAUGUCCGGCGAUGAUGACGAAGAACGAGACGGACUGGGACCGCUAGCCUUUGAUCGUGAGGAAACGAAAUCCAGAUUCACAGAGUAUUCGAUGAGUAGUAGUGUGAUCCGUCGAAACGAGCAGUUAACGCUGCUGGAUGAUCGAUUUGAGAAGUUCUAUGAACAGUACGACGAUCCAGAGCUGGGGGCGCUUGAAUGUGAAGACAUAGAAGGACACGUCGAGAUCAAUGACAAUGUGCUGUUGCAGUAUGCUGAAGAAUAUCGAAAGGAACGGGAUGAGAAGUACGAUGUCGACUAUGAUAAGCAGUGGGACAAAGAAAGAAUCCUCCAACUGCAGGAAGUCUCAUCCGAUGAAGAAGAAAUGGUAGAACUGGAAGUGGAAGAUGAUACUCAAAAGAAGUGGGACUGCGAAAGUAUCCUGUCCACCUACAGCAACUGCUACAACCAUCCAAAGUUGAUCGAGGAACCGAGAAAACGUAAACCAGCUGCUAAGAUCACCAUCAAUCCAAAAACGGGACUUCCGAUGAAUACCCUGGGAGCGGACAGUGGGAAGCUGACAAUUAAAUCAUUGGCCAAACUUGAACAAGAAGCAAGUGCUCCAAAACCCGGUGGUCCGAAGUCGCUGUGCGACGGCAGCGUAAUCUCCACGUUGAGUGUCCUCUCGAUCAGACCCAAGGAUGAAACGGCGGACGAGAAGCGCGAACGCAAGAAGCUACUGAAGGAAUACCGCGCCGAGCGGAGGAUAGAACGGAAAGCCAAUACCGAAGCAUUCAAGGAGGAAAAGAAGCAACAGGAAAGGAUACAGAUCAAUCAACGGGCCACUGCGGGCGUCAGGAUUGUGUAAUAUGAACAAUUGUGAAGAGUGGGAGAGCUGCGUUAUCAGGUAAAUUACAUCAAAGUUAACUCCUUUGUUGAGGGAUUAAAAAUAUGUCUGUUUAGCCAUAUAUGUUUGAUGUCA